GCGAGGGUCGAUGGUUGCGACAACGAGACAGCAGUGCGCCUCGGGUUGGGCGGCGAGGGUGGUGUACAGCGGCGGGGUGAGAAGGAGAAGUGGUCACUGUGGCGCAGACAGCAUCAAGAANAGAAUAACUGGGAGUCGGUGUGGUCGAGUAAAGAUGUUUGUGACGAUGGAUCCGNNGGAUCAACACCUUUGAAGAAGCUCGACUUCGAAAUGUUGUUGUUUAUCCGCAUGUCAACAACUGCACCGCCAAGCCAAAAGCAAGCUUUGGCCCUGCCCGGAUCGAGACACUCCCCGCUGUGGAAGCCUCGCUCCUUCAGUCUUUGUAUCGAAUGUCUGUCCUCUGCUGCUCUCCUGCAUGUAUUCCCACACAAGUUCAACACUGUGUCUUGCAUCAGUCACCCUCGCAGUAUCAUGUACCUCGAGCAGGUCGAUGCCUCCAUGGCCCGUCUCAGUUCGUCGUGCAUCAACGGGGGCCUGAACAGUGCACGGGCUUUGUUACCGUUCAGUUUGGUUGUCGUGUGCAACCCUCGAGCCUGGCGACCAUUUGUGCUUUUGCCUGCUACAUACCAACAACAAUCUCCUUAUAUACGUCACCCUCGGCCUCUUGCACACCCUGCAGCUAUGAUCCGAGACGGUAAACUCCAAGGCUGGCUGUCUCUGCCCUUCGAUACCCUUCCUGUAUGGGCUGCCUUCAACGCUGUUUCAUUUGAUGGCGUCAGUAUCGGUCCCUUGCCAGGUAAAGAAGACCGUGGCUCGACUGUCAUUGCAAAACGUCCUCUCAAAGGCGGUCAUGAACCUCCCNUCAUGACCAUACCUAGAGACCUUAUCCUUUCUCUCGAUAGGAUACACGAUCAUGCAAAGUCAGAUUCUGACUUUCGUGCUGUCCUCGAUGGCCUUGAUGAAUUCGGCAGGGUAGNNACUGCUAGAGGCGCCAUAUUGGCCUUCCUGCUCAUGCAAUCCUUCACUACAUGCCCUUCCGCUCAAAACAAGAAGGGCGUAUCAAGUCCAUUUACCGAGUAUGUCAAGUACCUGCCAAUGGAACUGCUUCCUACCUUCUGGUCUCCCGCCGAGUGCGAACUACUGACUGGCACUACGCUCGCUCCUGCCUUGACUGCAAAAUUGAACUCGCUCAAUCGCGAAUUUGAACAACUCCAAACCGCAACGUCAAACAUAUCAUGGUGUGCCGAGGAAUGGUGGGACGAAGUCGAUGGCAUCAUUGCAUUCGAUGACUGGCUACAAGUCGAUGCCUUUUACCGCUCCAGAGCACUCGAGUAUCCUGGAGUGGGCGAUUGUAUGGUACCCUGCAUCGACAUGGCCAACCACUCUUCCGGUACCGGCACAGCUGCUAUUUACGAAGUCGACGAUCAAGGCAACGCAGUGUUGCUGUUACGAGAUGGAAUGGACAUUGAGCAAAACGGGNAGAUUACCAUUACCUAUGGAGAUAACAAAGGCGCCUGCGAGAUGCUCUUUUCGUAUGGCUUCAUCGAGGACGAGAUGGAGUCUGCUCGUGAGCUAUUUCUCGACCUAUCGAUCCCAGACGACGACCCACUAGGACGAGCAAAAUCGGCAGUUGCAAAUUGCGCUCCAGGCUUCAAGAUCGUCGACGCUGAAAAUGGCGUGAUUUUCGAAGGUGCAUACGUCUGGCUCAUCUGCGUCAAUGAGGAGGAUGGACUCUCGUUUCAAAUUCAACAGACCGUCGAAGGUACUAGAGAGUUGAUCGCCACAUGGCAAGACGAACCGGUGCACGGUUUUGAAGGGUUCCGGUCUAUCCUGGAACAAAGCCCUUUGUGGGAUGUCUAUCAUCUCCGAGCUGUGAGCAUAUUACAGGAACGUGUGGCGAGUCAGCUACAGGACCUCUAUGGGUCAGAUGACCGAGUCGAUGCUACGCAGCACGGCGACGGCACUGGCAUCAGGGAACGAGCUUGGCAUCUUGCUAAACGACUCAGGUUGCUCGAAAGUGAGCUAUUGGAGAAAGCUUACAGCUACUACGAGGACCAGAAACUUCAACUCAUGCAAAGUGAGACUGUAUUGAGAUAUCUGUCGGAGCCAGACGUUGAGCCAGUUGAAGAUUUUUCAUGA